AUGGCGGACAACAAACAAGAACAUUCUUUAGAAGAAAAAACAUCUGAUUCCGAACAAUCGACAAGCGCUACAAACGAAAAAGACAACAAAUCUCAACAAGAAUUUAAUACARAAGAACCYGAGUUAAGCAAUGAYAUAMAACAAGAAGCAAAAGCGGAUAAUAAUGACAUCGAAAGUUGYCAUCUUUCWGAUCAWUUACAAACUCAGACUCAAAAUUUGUGUGGUUCGAGCGAGGAAACCUCACCAGUCAAGACAGGCUUUUUAAGAUCUUUCAUGGAGAAGAAGCAUUUGGUAAGCCAAAGCUCGGAGGGAUCGGAAAACAGUCAAGACAAAGCCGAAUCACCCAGUGAACCACAAGGAAAAGCUAUAGAUGAAGAUAUAACAAGCUUAUGCAAGUGGCAAGAUUGCAACGUAAUAAUCACAUCAAGAUCAGAACUAUCACAGCAUGUGCAUCAAGCUCACGUUGAACCCAUGACAAUUCAAGAUGUUUACGUCUGCCUUUGGCAGGGUUGUAAAGUAUUCAACAAACCAAGCUGUUCACAUUCAUGGCUUGCWAAACAUAUGAACAGUCACACUGGCGAUAAACCAUUUAAAUGCAUGAUUGAYGGCUGUACAAUGUCAUUUGCAUCUUGUGAGGGACUCUCUAGACAUGUUGCAGGGCAUUUUAAUGAACCAAAACCUGUUAAGAGGCAAAGAGGAGAAAAUAAAGAUUCUCCCAAGAAGAUUGUUAGGAAACGAAAAGUGAAAAUUAUCAGRAGAAGACGUCCCAGUGAAGUUAAAGAGGACUUUGUUAAUCCAAAGGCAGUUGAAUCCAUCAAACAACAGCUACCUCAGAUGAUCGUUCAUAUAUCAUCGUUACCAAACCAUGUUCUAGCAGAAUUAGACCCUGCUUUCUAUAGAAGAAUGUCACAUCGGAAAAACCGCAGAAAAUAAUAAUCACUGCUACAAGUAUUUAUUAGAAUUAAACAAAUAGGAAUAAAUAGCAAAACACCAUUUUCAGAAACUCAGUGGUUGUUGAGUGGGGCCAAGGGAGUCUCUUUCUUUUUGCUUGCUCAAAUCUCCCCAAGCCAAACUCAACAGCUGUUGGCUCCAAAAGUGCCGUUUGUUUUUAGUAAUCAGGGACUGUCUCUUCGAAUGGUUAAUAGCGCUCUCUACUGGAUAAAGCCUUCUUAUCCAGCAAAUGAAACUGAUGCAAAAUCCAUGAUGUAAUAUUCAGUGACUAAUUUAUGAAGUGACUUCAACUGUAUCCACUCUUUGUACAACCUGGUAACAGCUGUUUAAUUUGCACUGUUCCCUGUUGAUUCGAGAAGGGAUGAUUGUGAAUGACUUUGUAACAACUGGACACAACUGAAWUGAUGGGAAAUAUACCUUUUCAGUCUUUAACAGUUCUACCUGUCAUUGCAACUUUUUUCAGUGUGAAUGACCAUCUUGAAAUUGUUCAUUUGAGUCCAGACAUCGGAAGCAUGCGCGAGGCUUUGUCAACUAGAUUCAAAUGCACAUGUACUUGUUUUAGAAGCUUUUUCGGGCAUUUACUUUAAAGAGCGUUYUAGAAAGUGUUCGGAUAGUGUUGGGCACAGUUGACCCUACCCUAAACUCCGUUACGGACGUCUCGUGUACAGUGUGCGACGGACUAAAGACAAAAAUGCUUUUGGACAAAGCAUAAGUAAAUAAA